AUGCGAAAAGAGCUGGACUCGACCGGAGGCCUCGAGGACCUUGUCGAAGUAGGCACGAGCAAGGAGCUUGAACGUCCUCGAAUCUGUAUUGCCUAG